AUGACGACCACGCCCCCGGAACCGUCUGCGUUGUCGUCGCUCAUCACUUCAUCGGGAGCCAAAUCAGCCUUCGAUGCUCUCUCGAUCGAAAUUCUUCACAACCUCCAAUACCAACAUAACUGGACCGAUCUCAAACGGCAUCAGGUCUAUCUCAAUACGUUGCCGACCUCAGGACUCUUCGAUCUCGAUGGACUCGGUCUCCAACCAGCUCCGCGCUCACAUUCACCUUCCUCAUCGUCCGGCACAUCCACACCGUCGACAGCCAGCGAGACAGUCACCCUGAUUUCCGGCCUGCCCACACGCCACGCUUACAUCCACCCUGACUUCCAGAACUAUCUCGUCAGACACUCCAUCGAGGAGAGCUCGAUCCCUAUUCAACGCGAGUUCGUCCUGCCACUAUCACUCGCCGAGUCGUGGACCCUGGGACGCUUCUGCGCGGUAUUCGAUCAACUGCCUGACCGGCAGGCGGUCUUCGCGGACCAGGCUCCAGGAAAUCGAGGUCAGCAACAAGGCGGAGUUCAAGAGGGCAACGGUAAUGGCAACGCUAAUGUCAUGCCAGCUCGGUACGAGCAUCACGACCAGAAGCGCGUGCUACUGGGGAUGAAGGCCAAGGAGGGCGGCGGCGGAGAUGGAACAAUAGUCUACUACAUCAUGCAGGAGGGAGAGGUCAAACCUCGACAGAAUGGUUGA